AUGGCAUUCGAAGGAGUUCCCGAAAAGAUGCUCGCAGCGCAAGUCAUUGAACCACUGCCUCCCUCUGCCACACCGACACCAUUGGUAGUCGCAGGGAUAAUGGGUACACCACUCCCCUGUACCGCCUCGCACGAAGGAGCCGGUACCAUCGUCGCCGUAGGCUCCCGCGUAUCGGGUUUUAAGCCCGGGGAUCGCAUUCUCUGUAGUUUAACCUGUCAUCGGUGUGGCGUAUGUACCAAUUGUAUUGGGCCCGAGCAUGAACAGAAGUAUUGUACUAAUGCCGGGGGUCAUUUGGAGGUAAUGAGACAUGGAUCGUUUGCUGAGUAUGAGGUUGUGGAUGGGAGGGAGUGUAGUUUGUUGCCGCAUAAUGUGAGCUUUCAAUCAGCGGCUCCGUUGGUUUGUGCUGGAAUCACGAUUUGGGGCGGCCUUGUAAGAGCCGGUUUGAAGUCAGGGGAAUGGAUUGCGAUAGUUGGAGCUGGAGGAGGUCUUGGUCAUUUGGGGGCACAGUUCGCUAAGGCGUUUGGCCUCAACGUCAUUGCUAUUGAUGCUAGAGAUGAGGGGUUACAGCUCGCCAAAGAUUGUGGCGCUGACGUUUUGGUUGAUGCACGUCAAAGUAAAGAUAAGGUUGUCGAGGAUGUCCAAAGGGUCACUGGUGACCAAGGUGCAGACUCGACUCUCAACGUUACUGAUCAUGAAAGCGCUGCAGCGACAGCAGUUGCGGUCACAAGGAGACACGGAACAAUGAUUCAAAUUGCUCAGCCCGAAAAUGUCAGCGUUCCAUUUGCUGAAUUGAUAUUCCGGGAUAUCAGAAUCCAUGGAAAUCUUGUGGGAUCUCGAGGCGAAGCACAAAAGAUGCUAGAAUUAGUAUCGAAGCACAACAUCAAAGUUCAAACAAACCCCUUCAAGGGCCUAAGGGAAAUUCCCAAGGCUGUGGAGCUGGCCCACUCGGGCAAAAUGAAGGGCAAACCUGUCAUCGUCAUUGAUGAGAAGGCCAUUCAAAAUGAGAACCAGUCAGGACUGCAGAUGAUUUGA